CAAAUCAAAAUAUUUGAAGGCGAAAUGUUCCAACUCUCAUAGAAUGUGAAAGAAUCUACCAACAUUCCAUUGGCAUUAUUAUUAUUAUCCCAAUCAGAAAAAGAAGAAGAAAGAAAUAAAGUUGAUAGUAUUUCAGAUCUCAGAAUGCGUUUGAUGGAAAUCAUCGGAAUCCGAGUUGGUUAGCAUUGGUGAGUCCAAUUCCAAUGCUCUGUUCUCAUAGUUUGUCUCGCCCUUUUCACCACCUUUUGUCCUCUUCACUUUUUUUUCACCCUUCUCUUCUCUCGGUAACUGUUUCAAGCUAUUAAAGUAUAACACACUGCAACACCGUGCCAUUCUGAAGUUGAACGGCGGAGAAGAAGAUGUUGUGCGCUUGUUCUUCCGGGGAGCAGUUCAAAUUCGAAGAGCCGCCACACUCGCCGGAGUCCCUCGCCACCAGGGAUUUCUCCGCCAGCGGACUCUCUUCCAGGACCGGAGAAUGGGAACCUAAAUUCGAUGAUACGCAAGUUGAAGAAGCUGAAUCUACUCUUAAAGAUGCUCUUUCCUUAAACUACGAGGAGGCUAGGGCUUUGUUGGGGAGGCUUGAAUACCAGAGAGGGAACUUUGAUGCUGCACUUCAAGUGUUUCAAGGUAUAGAUAUCAAGGGUUUGACCCCAAGAAUGAUCAAGGCUAUUGCUGAAAGAACCAAGCAAAGAAAACUGCGUCCCAAGGCAGAUAUGGUGGUUCCGAAUGUCAUGUCAUUGCAUUCGGUUAGCCUGCUUCUUGAGGCAAUUUUGCUUAAAUCAAGAUCAUUGGAGGAACUUGGGCAAUGCAUUGAGGCUGCAAAGGAGUGCAGAAUAAUUUUGGAUACGGUUGAAUCUGCCCUUCCCAAUGGAAUGCCUGAGGGUAUUGGUGAAGGUUGUAAGUUGCAAGAGAUGUUUCAUAAAGCAUUGGAGUUGUUUCCAAGCCUUUGGAUCAAGGCAGGGUUUCUUGAUGAAGCUGUCACUGCAUAUCGUCGUGCUCUUGUCAAGCCUUGGAAUUUGGAGCCAAGAAAGUUGGCUGCUGUAGAAAAAGAUUUAGCUAUGAUACUACUCUAUGGUGGUGUUGAAGUAAGCCUACCCUCUCAGUUGCAGGUGUGGGGUAAAACAGCACCCAAGAGUAGUGCUGAAGAAGCAAUACUUUUGCUAUUAAUACUCAUGAGCAAGGUGGCAAUUCGGGAAAUAGACUGGGAUGCUGAAAUAAUGGAUCAUCUUACUUUUGCACUUUCAGUGACUGGGAUGUUUGAGUUAUUGGCAGAUCAUGUAGAGCAGAUCCUUCCAGGUAUUUAUGGUCGAGCUGAGAGGUGGUACUUUCUUGCUCUGUGUUAUAGUGCAGCAGGACAUGAUGGGGUAGCAUUGAACCUUUUGAGGAAGGCUUGUGGCAGUUCUGAAGCAAACCAUAGACCCCAUUUUCCUUCAUUUUUGUUUGGAGCAAAACUCUGUUCCUUGGAUCCUCACCAUGCUCAUGAAGGCAUUAAAUUUUCACGUGAAGUUAUUGUUAUAGCUAAGCAACAAAAUGAACAUUUUCUCAGUCAAGGUCAUAAAUUUCUUGGCAUCUGCUACGGGGCUGCUGCUAGAAUUUCUGUACUGGAUUCUGAAAGAAGUAUAUUUCAAAGAGAGUCUUUGGACUCUCUAAACUGUGCUGCUGUAAAUGGAAGUGAUGACCUGGAAGCGAUAGUCAGCCUCGGACUAGAAAAUGCCAUUCAAAGGAAUCUGGAUGCAGCUUACAACAAUAUAAUGAUGUACUCAGACAUGACUGUUGGCAGUUCAAGAGGUUGGCAGCUAUUAGCACUCAUAAUAUCUGCACAGCAGCGGUUUAAGGAUGCUGAAACUAUAGUUGAUUUUGCUUUAGAUGAUUCUGGGGGGAUGGAUCAACUUGAACUUCUAAGAUUGAAAGCAGUGCUUCAAAUUUCUCAGCAGCAACCCAAGGAAGCAAUAGAGACAUAUAGGAUCUUGCUAGCACUAAUUCAAGCAAAAAAGGAGCUUUUGCUUCAAGAUAAAAACAUUGAUCAAGAACAAGCAUUCAGGCAUGAGGCAUUAACAGAAAGGAAGUUGGAAAUGGAAGCCUGGCAGGAUUUGGCUACCAUUUAUACAGAUAUUGGUUCCUUGCUUGAUGCAAAAACUUGUGUUGACAAAGCCCGGUUGAUAGAGUAUUUCUCUCCAAGAUGUUGGCAUAUUACAGGGAUGUUGCUUGAAGCUCAAUCAUUAUACAAAGAGGCAUUUGUUUCCUUUUCAGUAUCAUUGUCAAUAGAACCAGAUUACAUUCCCGGUAUCAUUUCCACUGCAGAAUUGUUGAUGAAACUUGGUAUGCAAUCACUUCCGAUUGUAAGAAGCUUUUUAAUGAAUGCUUUACGAUUAGAACCUACAAACCAUGAUGCUUGGUUCAACCUUGGAUUGGUUUCAAAAAUGGAAGGUUCAUUACAGCAAGCAGCAGAGUUCUUUCAAGCUGCUUAUGAACUGAAGCUUUCUGCUCCAGUACAAAAAUUUAAAUAAUUUAGACUUUGGAAAAACAGCCGUACACUCAUCCCACAAUUACCAUUGCUUGGUUAUUGAUUUGUUCAAAAUGUAUAGCUAAAUCUAGCUACUGAUCUGUAGAUUUCCUUCAUUCUGUUAUAUUUGGUAUGUUCUUGCUAGUUUGCAAAGGGUGCCAACAUAGUUAGAAUGUCUUUUGCCUACUUGUGUGUUCAUGUAAAUUUUAUAAAAAAAAAAUUGUUGUUUCACAAGUAGAAUUAAUAGUGGACAGAAAUGGUAAAAAUGAUGCCUUUAUUUUUUAUUGUU